AUGUCCUCUCCCCCUCUUCUGGCAUCCCUUAAUCCGAGUCUGCUCGUGGGUCCCGCGGAAGCGGGUAUUCUCGCGAAUGCAUUUUUGACGGGUGCAUUCUUCGUGCAGUCCUACAUCUACUUCACCAAGUUCUCCGAGGACAAGUGGCCAUUCAAAGUGGUUGGUCCUUCAGCUGGCGCAUUUCUCAAAGCUUUCGCCAUCCCAGAAGCCAUGGAGUACUGGCCUCGAGAACGCACCACGCUAAUCCUCGUCUUUGUGUCAAUUUUUGUCUCCGAUGUAUGGAUUUCCUCAACAAUUGCAUUUUAUCUUUGGACCAAGCGAAAAGGAGGCAACUUCGCGACAAACUGGUGUUUGUAUCUGGUAAUUCUGAUUGACGCGUCAUGGGUUGAUUUCGGGUGCUAA